AUGGCCAAAAGUAUCCGAGCCAGCGUUUCCAAGCGUAACAGAGCCACUCUGCGCAAGAACUUCUUUGGCCCAAUCGUCGAUGCCAGAACCGAGAGACUCCAUGCCAAACUCCAAGAACUUGCGGAUAAGCCCAAGCCCGAGGCUCCUGCCAAAUCCAAGAGGGAAUUAGCCGAGCAAGAGGCCGCAGCCAAGGCUCAACUCGACAGCGAGCAAGAAAUGGAUGUCGAUGCCAAACCCACCAAGAGCAUGAAGAAGCCCGCACGUGUGCAAAAGCGUAACCAGAAGCCUCGCAACUCCAUCGUUUUCAAGAAACGUGUAUCAUCCGGCAAAGGAACAUCCUACAGAGGAUCCAGCAAGAAAUGA